UACUUUAUAUGUUCAUCUAUUUAAACAAACUGAAAAUGGAAACUGGGUUCAAUAUAAGCAAGAACUUUGUGCUCCUUGGCGUUGAGGAGAUGGAAAGGUUUAAAUAUCUUUACUGCUCACUUUUCCUCAUAAUUUACUUCUUCAUUUUGCUGUUUAGCUUCACAAUCAUCUUUGUGGUGGUGUUUGAUGAAAGCCUUCAUGAGCCCAUGUACACUCUCAUAGCCUGCCUACUGCUAAGUGGGAUAUUUGGGAGCUCGUGUUUCUACCCAAAACUGAUCACUGACUUGUUAUUAUCAUCCAAAGAAAUUUCACGUGUCGACUGUUUGGCCCAGGCAACCAGCAUAAUACUAUUUGUCUUCUGUGAAAUGACCAUAUUCACCAUCAUGGCGCAUGACACCUACUUAGCAGUUGGCCACCCGUUGAGAUACCCAAUUCUAAUGACAAAUUCAUUGGCUUUGAAAUUAAUUAUUGGAACUCUGAUCUUCAAUAUCAUCUUAACCUUGCCUGUUCCGUUGCUUGCUGCCAGACUCCCAAUUUGUGGGACUCACAUUAGAAAUGUAUAUUGUGAUAACGCAUCCAUUAUUGUUCUCUCCUGUGUAGAUACUUCUACAAACAAGUUGUAUGGAAAUAUUACUUUUGUGGGUUAUAUAGCACUUAUGGUGCUACUUGUAUCCCAUUCCUACCUUCAGAUAUUCCUGAUCUGCCUCAAGAUUUCCAAAGACGCCUGUAAGAAAACCAUUCACACCCUGGUGACCCACCUUCUCAAUUUCUCCAUUUUCAUGAUAGGAAUUUUAUUUAUAUUUGUUCGCUACAGACUGGGGAACACUAACCUCCCUCUUGUCUACCAAAUACUUCUAUCCAUAAUUAGCUUUAUAGUUACUCCUCUUCUCACCCCUAUAACAUAUGGAAUAAGGAUGCAAACACUAAAAAUUAAAAUCAUUCAUCAUCUCCACCAAAUGGCCAUUUUUCUUGGUAUCCAGGCUCUUCCAUUAUCUGUUGGCCAGCGCCCCCUUCCCCCAUUCCUUACAGCACAGAUAAAAUGGCAAGAAAAAGAAAUAUCCCUGACCUUACCCAGGAUGACGCAUGUAUAA